CCUCUUUCUCAUAUCAAUCCUUCUUCCUGUCGAUCCUGAAAAUGGCGACUCUGUGAAUGUAGCAAACAUUCGCCGCGAUUUUACCGUAUUUUUGGACUUUCUGGGACCAACGUUUUGAACAGUAGUGAUGAGCUCAACGCGGACUGGUGUGAAAAGGACACGGAGAAGACCUAGGCCCAAAUCGGCCACGGUUUCGGCUCCCGUCGCGGGUCCCUCCUCCUCUAGAACAUCAGCAACCAGCAGUACUGUAGAGGCCAGUCAUCCCUACAGGCUGCGCAGGAAAAGUCGAGCGGGACUGCAACCUGCCUCGGGGGCGCAGAGCGACCAUGACAGUGACGUAGGCUUACCUGUCCGCCAGCCCAAGCGUUCACGGCUGUCCAUUCCAGAACAAGACCACGGCCCCCUAAUCAGCUGGCUGCAGGAGGAGGUGCCUGAUGAGGUCCUGCUGAAGAUCAUGAGUUAUCUGAAGGAGAAGGACCUGUGUCGAGCUGCGCAGGUCUGCAAGCGCUGGAACACCCUCACCAACGACCCCACAAUAUGGAAAAAUCUAUACACAGCAGUGUUUGAAUAUACCCAGCCCAUGAUGCAUCCAGAGCAUGGGAAAUUCUACUUUGUGAAGCCAGAGGAAUAUAACUGUCCCAACCCAUGGAAGGACAGCUUCCGCCAAUUGUACAAAGGUGUCCACGUAAAGCCUGGUUAUGCUGAACACUAUCACAACAAUGCUGACCGCUACAAGGGCAGAGAACACAUGUUGUAUUAUGACACCAUUGAGGAUGCGAUGGGAGGAGUGAAUGAAUGUCACCAUGAAGGUCUGAUCUUCGUCCACUCUGGGAUCUACCAGGACGAGUGGAUCUAUGUGGAAUCUCCCGUCACCAUCAUCGGGGCAGCUCCAGGCAAGGUGGCUGAACAUGUGGUGAUAGAGAACACCAGAGACUCCAGUAUUGUGUUCAUGGAGGGAUGCGAGGACGCUUUUGUAGGAUUUAUGACAAUCAGAUUUUCCCCAGAAGACUCCUCGGCCACCCACCACCAUGCGCACCACGCGGUGGAAAUCAACACCAACUGCCGACCGAUCAUCAGUAACUCCAUCAUCCGCAGCUCUUCCACAGUUGGUUCAGCGGUGUGUGUGACAGGAAGCGGUGCCCAGCCCACCAUCCGCAACUGUAACAUCAGCGACUGUGAGAACGUGGGACUCUACGUCACAGAUCAUGCACAGGGCUUUGUUGAAGACUGUGAGAUCAGUGGAAAUGCGCUGGCUGGGAUCUGGGUGAAGAACUACGCCAACCCCAUCAUGAGACGUAACCACAUCCACCACGGGCGCGAUGUCGGCGUUUUCACGUUCGAGAAGGGGAUGCUCAACCAGUUCGCUGGCAUCUGGGUAACGUCACAUAGCGAUCCCACCAUUAGGGGCAAUUCCAUCUUCAAUGGCAGACAGGGUGGCGUGUACAUCUUUGGCGAUGGCAGAGGGCUUAUAGAAGAAAAUGACAUCUACGGUAACCAGCUAGCAGGUAUCCAGAUCAGAACCAACAGUAACCCCAUCGUCAGACGAAACCGUAUCCAUGACGGUCAGCACGGGGGCAUCUAUGUGCAUGAAAAAGGCCAGGGCAUCAUAGAGGAGAAUGAAGUACACAGCAACACGCUGGCGGGGGUGUGGGUGACUACAGGCAGCACCCCGGUCCUCAGGAAGAACAGGAUCCACAGUGGGAAGCAGGUUGGUGUGUACUUCUAUGAUAAUGGCCACGGAACCCUAGAGGAGAACGAUAUCUACAACCACAUGUACUCUGGUGUGCAAAUAAGAACAGGCAGCAAUCCUCUCAUCAAGAAGAACAAGAUCUGGGGUGGCCAGAAUGGUGGAAUCCUGGUGUACAACAGCGGCCUAGGCAUUCUGGAGGAGAAUGAGAUCUUUGACAACGCCAUGGCGGGGAUCUGGAUCAAGACGGACAGCAACCCCACCCUCCGCCGCAACAAGAUCCACGACGGACGGGAUGGCGGGAUCUGUAUCUUCAACGGAGGGAGAGGUGUGUUGGAGGAAAACGAUAUCUUCCGUAAUGCCCAGGCUGGUAUUCUCAUCAGCACCAACAGCCACCCAACCCUCAGGAAGAACCGAAUCUUUGACGGCUUCGCUGCCGGUGUUGAAAUCACCAACAAUGCCAGCGCCACGUUAGAACACAACCAGAUCUUCAACAACAAGUUUGCAGGGCUGUGUCUUGCCACGGGGGUCAAGCCUGUCAUGAAAGAUAACCACAUAUUUGACAACAAAGAUGCCAUUGCCAAGGCAGUAGCUCGUGGCCAGUGUCUCUACAAGAUCUCUUCCUACACAUCAUAUCCCAUGCAUGACUUCUAUAGGUGCUCCACAUGUAACACGACAGAACGUAACGCCAUCUGUGUGAACUGCAUCCGGAAGUGUCACCGCGGCCACCAGGUGGAGUUCAUCAGACACGACAGGUGGGCGGAUGUGCUGUUGUGCAGCUUUCAGUCUCUUUUGUUACUGGUUUUUCUGUGUGCAUGUAGAUGUUAUUUGUAUGUUGAACAGUACCAGUCCAUUCAGCGUGAUAUCUUUUGCUGUGCUUUUACUGUUAAUUGCUGCAAGUGGUGCAUGAUACAUAGACUUUGAAUGAGUUAUCAAAAG